AUGGCGUCGAAGAAGCUGGCGCAAACGAUCGCGCACUCGUCGAAAGAAGGGACGACGACGACAACGAAGAACGUCAUCUCACAAACUUUGAAAAAAGUAGCCCCGUGGAAAAUUACCGGCCCAGCGUCGGACCCGGAGUGGCAAAACGUCCCGGUUUCUGCGGAGGAUUAUCGCGCGAGAGCGCCGGCGUCGUUCCCGCACGAGAACGUCAAGAUACCAAACUCGGAACCCGAUCGCGUGUUUAACGUUCGAUAUUACCCGAGGGAUGCGAGGAGAGCGUUUGAACCGGUUUUACACGGUCGCGAGAAGGUGAAGACAACGUAUACAUUAUCACCGACCGAGAACGUCUUGGCUGCGAAAGAAUGGGACGAGCGUUUGGGAAACGACAUCAAGCGCAUCGAUCCGAGAGAUUUCUUCCCGGGGAGGAGAGAUACGUCGCAAGAUUACGCGUUAAAAUCGAGCGGGUAUCGCGCGGUGCCGCUGUUGGAAAACCCCGGAGGCGGGUACACGCAACUGUGA